AUGAGCUAUCUUUUGUUCCUGUUCCUGUUCCUGUUUCUUUUAUUUAUUUGUUUAUUUUUGAUUUACCCUGUCUACGGCGGGCAGUCAGGCUCUGAGCCGGUGUUUCAACGGGUUCAGAGCAAAGGGUGGUCUCAAAAGGCCGGAGUAAACUAUAGAAGGUGCGGCGCACCUGAUGCGUCAAAAACCGCCGCCUCCAUGACAGAAUCAUAUGAUCCCGACGAGGACCGUCGUUCUCCAGGGCUGGAGGCGACCAAGCCGGAUUAUAAGCCCCACAAAGAUCCGACUCCUCCUUUUUUGAUCAAGGAGACUAAAGAGCCCGAAGGCGAAUUUAAAUAUUCUCCAGGCGAGGGAACACCGGACUGUUCCCACCCUAACCGACCUGAUAUUGCCAACUAUGAGAGAUCUGAUCCACUUCGCCCAGAGCACUUCCGUGAUAUCCUCUGUGAUGAUUUGCUGGAGAGGCCUAUUGUUAAGCCUGAGAAGCCAAAGCUAGAAAGCCCUGUGGUGGAGCCGGCAAAACCUAGAGAGCCUCAAUCAGAGACGGAUGCAAGUGAAGCAGCUAAGCGCGCUCUUGCACUGUUAGAGCUGCCAAAGCCCAUUGAUGAACCCUUGGAGCCUCCAGAGAUCCCGGUGAAAUCACACAUCCCUUCUCCUGAGAGGCGUCCUGGCGUGAAAACGGAUAUCCUGUCUCCAAAGAUUUCCCAGCCACCGCCGCCUGCCCUUCCCAGUAUCUCGGAGAAGAAACCAUUCAGUCCGCCUUUAAGCCAAUACACAAUCUCCGUACAUCCGUCGCCGGACGUGCUGCCCCCGUUUCACUCCCCUGACAAUACCACCACCCUGCCCCCCAUUCAGACUGCACUACGUGGGCUUGCUCAUGUCAAUGAACCCGCUGUACGCGUCAAUGGCUCAUCUCCCUAUUCUCUGCCACCCGUCACAGCGAGUUCUCCACCGGGACUUAGGAGUGACCCUGUCUGGGAGCAUCAACGACCAAGCCCUUUCGUUCCUCCUCCCCAGAUCCCUCCUAGCCCUUACUCGCAUUUGUCACCUGCGAGUACCAAAGACUUGUCAGCCGUGUCGUCUCCGGCAACGCAGAGCUCGUACUGGAGACCUCAGAAAUCCGACAUACCUUAUAUUACAUCCACCUAUGACAUCACACAUUGUGAAGCAAAAAGCCCGGCCACGAGUUACCCAACACCCACAGACCAAACUCCAGGGGGCACGUGUGAACGGACACCAUACAAUCCAAGUCCGCAACACAAUGCGGCUGUCGCCUCAGGAGCCUACAAAUGUCGGCAUCCGGGGUGUACCGCUCCGCCUUUCCAAACUCAAUACCUAUUAAACUCCCACGCGAAUGUUCACUCGCAAGACCGUCCCCAUUUUUGUCCCAUUGAGGGUUGUCCUCGCGGAAUUGGCGGGAAAGGGUUCAAACGCAAGAAUGAAAUGAUCCGACAUGGCCUGGUCCAUAAUUCCCCUGGUUACGUGUGUCCGUUCUGUCCAGACCAACAACAUAAAUACCCACGACCCGACAACCUCCAGCGACACGUGCGGGUCCAUCAUGUGGACAAAAACAAGGAUGACCCCCAGCUCCGGCUCGUCCUUUCACAAAGACCAGAAGGCAGCGCGCGAGGGCGCCGCCGUCGGAUCAACCCUUGA